AUGAUGUCUUCCAACAAAGCCGCCUACCUGACCGCGACCCGGGCGCCGCUCGAACUAAGAGAAGUCCCCUACCCAACGCCGAAAGAGAAAGAAAUCAUAGUCAAGAAUCGCGCCGUCGCUAUUAACCCUGUCGAUUGGUUCCAACAGGCGAUGGGGCCUGAAGUCAUCCCAUGGCUCAAACUCCCAGCUAUUCUUGGUUACGACAUCGCCGGCGAGGUGGAGUCGGUGGGAUCCGGUGUGACCAAGUUCAAACCCGGUGAUAGGGUGGUUGGACUAGUAAAUCAAGGGUUCCAGCAGUACGUUCUUCUGUCAGAGCAUAUGGCAUCUAUCAUUCCUAGUUCUAUCGACUUUGAGCAGGCUGCUGUCCUACCCAUGGGCGUAUCUGUUGCGACAAAGGCUCUCUUUCACAAGGACUUCCUGGCCCUGGACCUGCCAUCAGCAUCACCGACUCCGAAGCAAGAGACGCUUCUGAUCUGGGGUGGCUCGACCAGCGUUGGCUCGAACGUGAUUCAGCUAGCGGUUGCCGCUGGUUAUGAGGUGAUCACAACAGCUUCUCCGAAUAGAUUUGAGUACGUCAAGGAGCUUGGAGCUGCUCAGGUGUAUGAUUACGGCAGUCCCACGGUACAAGACGACCUGGUCGCUGCAUUCAAAGGCAAAAAGGCAGCUGGUGCUAUAGCCAACGGCGGAGUUGUGCCAGCCACCUUCCCGGGGAUCGUGGAGGCCUGCGCGGCCGUUGUAUUGAGCACAGAGGGCAAGAAAUUCGUUGCUCUGACAAUGGUUCCUGCAUUUCCGAUACCUGAGGGCGUCCAGACCAAAUUUGUUGAUGAGUUGCGGCCCGAUGUGGAGCUUGCUUCGGCGAUCUUCAAUGACUUCUUGCCUGGAGCACUGGAGAAUGGGAAGUACACAAUUGCUCCUAAGGCGGAUGUUGUGGGAAACGGUCUCGAGGCCCUUCAAGGAGCCAUGGACAUUCUUAGAGAGGGCGUAUCUGCUAAGAAGAUUGUCGUCUCGCUCUGA